ACGCAUUCCAUCUGUCAGGUCGAUGUGAUAGACAGCCGCAAGCAUAGCUAGAAAACAGGUUGAAUAGUUACCCUUUGAGUCUGGUUAGACAUGUUAUUUCAGAUUAGAGCUAAUCGCUGUGUAUGCUUCCCGGCGGGGGAAAGCGUCGUGAGACCAUGGAUCGAAGGAGCUUAGGAUAAUUCCCUCUAAUUCAUUCGUUUACCUGACAGAACAAGAUGGCGUGGAAAAAGAGAAGACGCUAUCCAACGUCGCUCCUUAUUUCCACGACUUUAACUAUCAUUUUCAUGGCUAGCAACAUAGCGUUCAUCCACUAUGGAUUAACAGACGAGUCCCAAGGGAACGAGGAAUUAAGAGACGUGUUUUUACAAGAUAGAGACGAGAUAAAGGGACUCGGGGUUCAAGGAGAAUCAGUCCUUUUCAGUGCCAAUAGUGUUAGUGAUCCUCAUCUGAGAAAGUUGAUGGAGGACACGCGUGCUAGCUCAGAGGACUUCAAUAAAGGAGAUGCUUUAGACCUUUCUUAUCACAGUUUUUUAUCCACACACAGAGGUCUGAGUUGUGAUGAUGUCAGGAACUUUACUGAUAAGGAAUACGUUGCAUCGGGCUGGACUAAAGCUGUCUACAAAGUAAAACAUAAAGGCCAGGAGAUGGCUUUAAAAACAGUGGACGUUACAGGGCGUGACGUGACCACUUGCUUAAAAAACAGCGGCAGGACGCUAGCAUUCUGUUAUGCAAAGGCAGCUCGGAAAAUAUUAAAAGAAAUUGUUUUAUUACAGGGCUUAAACCACAAGAAUGUAGUUAAGGUACUGGGUUAUUGUGUUCCAAACAAGCCGUACGACGGGAGCCCAGAGACGGAGGUUUCCAUGGUUGUCGAGCUAGGCACAAACAUCGACAUUAUUCGACUGUUACAAAUGUCAUGGGAGGACAGAUUAAGAGUCUCGUAUGGCGUAGGACAGUUAUUACACUACAUAGCUAACUCCCCAUAUGGCUCCUUAUCACUCAACGAUUUCCGACGUCAGCAGUUUGUGCUUGUUGGCGGUGAAGUGAAGUUGUCUGACGUGGAUGACGUCGGAUUCGAGGAAGUGACGUGUAAAAAGAACUCUGACUGUGAUGUUCCUUUCUCUUCAGCCAAUUAUACCAUUCGAACACACUGCAUAAACCAAAGAUGCUUUGGACUCAACGAGAAAAAGAAUAUAUUUAACGCUGGUCGUCACUUUACAACAUUCAUUCUUCCACAUGGUGUUCCAAAACCACUACAAGCUCACGUGAAUGACGUCAUCAAGGGGUUCAGUAACGCCACAGUGAACUCGGCUGAGUUAUCCACUAUGUUAGAUACAUUGGUGCAUCAGUUUUCCAGUGGCUUUCACCUUAACCGUCUCGAUAAAAGUGACUACGAAGCAGGUUAUGAGUGCACAGACGGAUUUGACUACCCGGGCAGGUAUGACUAUAGAUGUCGCUACUCAGUGGCUGGUGGAAAUUGCCAUAUAUCCGUGUUUGACCAAAAAGAAGCUGAAAUGCUUUGCGAUAAAGACAAAGACUGCAAAGGAUUUGUUAUGUCCGACCAAAAGUCGUGGACAGGGAGGACAAUUGUGCAUAUAAAAAACAACAAAGGACUCCCAGCAAAGAAUCCUCGCACAAGACUUUGUAAUAAACCAGGAUCGCAUUAAUCAGCGUUACGUUUAAACCGUACUGCCCACCUGUAUGACAUUGCCAAUGAUUCUAUGGUCAUUAUUCUUGAACUUUUUUGAAGUUUACGUUUGACAAGUAAAACGCCCAAAAUGUAGUGUUUUCAUCUCAUGUGCAUAAAACAUCUGAAUGAGUCACAUGCACUUGUCUUUUUAUCCCGGUGCUUAUUCGGCGUUUCAGCUAGUCAGAUAUUUUGACAAACUUGUAUACGUUUAUCGAUGUGAGUGUGCGGCCGGUGUCAUGUACGAGAAAAUCCCUUGUGAUACAGGGUUUGGUUCCCAUUGGUUGGUUCAGGUAAGCACCGUCCAAAAUUUUGGCCCAUUCACGCCAUGCUUAGCCUAAUCUGUAUGAAUCUUAUGGAGGGUGAACUCUAUGUUACACGGACCCUCUUUUUUUUUUAAAGACCGGUAAAAGUGAGACCGAAACGUUAUAUAUGUGUGAAGUAACAAUUAUUCUGAAAUAGUUCAUCAUUUACUGUAAAUUCAUGUCUCAUAAACAUUUCAUUUGUUUCAUUUAUACUAGCAUUGGCAGAAAUGCUUUUUGAUCACAUAACAUAAAGAUGCAUUUAUAAAUGUCAUUUCAAACUCACCGAUUCAUUAACGUAGUAUUUUGAUAUACAGACAUAAGUCUAGAUGUCGGCUUAUAUAAAAGUAAUCGAACAUGUUUUGUACAUAAUGCUUUCGAAAUCCGAUGUGACAUUAUGUUUUCAGCAUUUUGCACGUUAUUAAAAUCUGUAUAUGUGUCAUGUUUUUUAAAUAUCUGAUAUAAUAGUUUACUGCUCGAAAACAACGCUUGUGAUAUGUAUUCUGUUUAUAUGGCAAAAAUAAAUUCACUCUCAUUUGAA